CCCGCGACCGAUUCGGCUAACUUCCGGUUUAGCGCCGAGCUAAUUUAGGUGGGGAUAAAAUCUAGUGGGGUGGCUCUUGACUCUCCAAAUUUUAUCGGACCGAAUUGCCCAAAUUCUGUCAGUAAAACGAGCCAUUUAGUGGGUGUUGUGAGGUUUUUAUUACCGUUUUACAGAUGCAUAUUUCACAAAGUUAGCUUGUGUCCCCGGUGCAUCAGGUGAUGAUGUAAUUACACGGCUUGUCCACGAAAACAACUGGCUUAAUUAGUCCUCCUCCUCUUUGUUGGUUUUACCGGCGGACUAAAAGGCACACCGCCAUUCUCUGUAUCAGAGUGUGUAACAUCAUGCUAUUCACUGAUGGGUGCUGUCUUGAGUGAGUGAGAACGGGAUGUGCAGCUCUUAAAAUAGAAAAUCAAUAUGUGGCAGCCAAUGUUGAUAUUGUGGCGGACCGCCAAAAAUAAUUUCAUGUGUGGGAAACACUGGAAGGCCUUGGUUGGUAGAGUAACAAUAGCUAGCUGGGCCCUUCAGUUCAGAUUCAGACAUUACAACAUAUUAGAGAUUGUUGAUCUGGGCUCCGGUCCUCACCUUCCCAGACGACCAAAGCUCCAAGGUCCUUUUCACCAGCUGAUGUUUUUCGCUGUUUGGCGACAUCGCCACACCCUCCUUAGCCAGAUGGGGGAGUUUGAGAGCAAUCCUCUGGGCCGGGUAACGGUGUACUCCAUCCAGGGCUGCCCACACUGUGUGCAGGCUAAGGCCACCCUGGGGCGUCUGGGAGUACCAGUAUGUGACGUGGAUGUGGGGAGGCAUCCCGAGCUAAGAGCCAGGGUGAAGGAGCUGACGGGACGCAGCUCAGUUCCUCAGAUCUUCUUCAACAACAUUCAUGUUGGAGGCAACGAUGACCUACAGAAGUUGGCUCCUGAGGAGCUUCAGAGGUUGGUGACUCUGGUCAAGGAAGAGCCUCUUCCGGCAGAUGCUCCACCUCUUCCAGAGGAGAACCAAUCAGAGGACAUGGCUGUGGACACAGAUGGAGAGUUAAUGUGUGAGAGAGAUGAGUAUGCAGACCUGGUACAGGACCUCAAACAUGCCAGUGUGAUUGGCAGUCAUAGGAGGGGACUGACAGUGUACAAAAAGAGCUUCUCAGGUGAACAACUGGUUGACUGGCUGCAGAAGGAGAAGGGCAUGGCCAGGGCUGAGGCCUGUAAAACUGGCCAAGCAUUGUUGCAGAAGAAGUACAUGGUGACUGUGCGUGGCUGUGGGCAGCAGGAUGGCAGUUUUGGAGAAGGGAAAAACGCCAUGGACACACUGUACAGGCUGCUGGAGGAUGACCCUCAUUCAGCCCUCAACGCAGGACAGACCGCAGCCUGCAGUCCUAUCCAGGCUGCUGAGCUCUCUUUGCUUUUGCGGGAGAUGAUUCUGAAAUUGUUCUCUGAGCAUCUCUCUGCUGAUGGCAAGUUUGUGGACUACAAAAGCAUGUCAGCAGACCCCGCCUUCGAGCGUUACUCUGAGCUCGCCAUCCAGCUGCAGAGGGUGGAGCUGCUUUCGCUGAGUCGGGAGGAGAAGCUGGCCUUCUUCAUUAACACCUACAAUGCUUUGGUCAUCCAUGGGAACCUACGCCUGGGGGCCCCAACCAACAUGUGGCAAAGAUACAGAUUCUUCAACUAUGUGAGCUACCUGAUUGGAGGAGAAGUGUUCACGCUACAGGACAUUGAGAACGGUGUUCUGAGAGGGAACAGAAAAGGUGUUGCGCAGCUUCUGAAGCCUUUCUCCAAAACAGACCCACGACUACAAGUGGCCCUUCCUGAUGCUGAGCCCCUCAUUCACUUUGCCUUGAACUGUGGUGCAAAGGGCUGCCCACCCAUCAAAACGUACACCCCACAGGACAUUGACGGACAGCUCCGCACAGCAGCCGAGGCCUUCCUGGAGAACGACGAUGCCUGUGUGGUGGAUUCUGGGAAAAGAGAAGUGCGACUCAGUCAGAUAUUCAAGUGGUACAAAGCUGACUUUGGAGGCACUGAUGAGAAGCUGCUGAACUGGGUGGUGGAGCACAUGGGCGAGUCUCCUAAGAAAACCAGCCUGCAGGGAGUCCUCUCCGCUGGGAAGACCAAAGUCAGCUUCCUCCCUUAUGACUGGAGCACCAACAGCAAACACUGAGCAAGCGCACACAAACACGCGACACGUCCAGCUAUUCGCUCUCACAAGUCUCCUCCUCACGUCUGCCCACUUUUCUACUGAGCUGCAUCCACUUAUGAACCAGACAGUUGGCGACGACGUGCUUGCCAAAUGCAGCACACCGGUCCUCAAAAAUGCAAAUGUUUUUAUGCAAAACAAACUAAAUCCAAGUGGUGAGGGGGAAGAGAGGGCGCGUUUGCACUGUUUCAUAAAAUCAUUGGCUUAUCCAUAGCACUGAGGUCUUACUAUCAGCUCCUACACUCUCUGUCUGGAAGUCAUGUACUUCAUACAAAUUGUACAUUUAAGUUUUUUUUUGAGUUGAAGUGAUAAAAACAGAGAGACCAUUUAAUACAUCAAGUUGCACCCAGAGGCUGCAGCAGCAUGAUUUAUAGGAGUGUGUUAUGCUCAGUGAGCGCAUUUAUUGAUUUAAUGUCUUGUGUAAAAUGUCAAAAGCCUGAAAACGAAUAUACAUUUCCCAGCUAUGUCAGCAUAAAUCAUCGAGUCAACUGAAAACACACUGUGUGAUAAAGAUGAAUUAUCAAUAUAGCUUCCUCCAGUGAUUGUUUCUAAACGCAGUGGCAGCAACUCAGGAGUCGCACAUGAUCACGAUCGUCUCUUUCCAAUACGACACUCGUCGAGCUAUUUAUGUUGAGCACCUGAUGAGAGCAGAUGGAGACGAUAACUUGGCUGAUCCAGACACACUGCCUUGACAAGCCAUAUCAAAACCCCCCUUUGAAGUAACAAACUCAUUCAUGUUUAUCAGAUUCUGCUGAUUCUACAAAGCUGCUCCAUCAUUUCAGGGCUAUUUUUAGCUGGCAGACGUAAACAAGUUAAUGUUUUUCUGCAGGGAAAGAAGAAAUGGCCAUUGCAGUUUUAACACUUAAUGAAACUGGGACGUUAGUGGGUCAUCCUAUGUCAAGUGGAUACUAAAUAGUAAAAACAAAACAACAGAUGUUAGACUUAUGUACAGAAGUUUCCUUUUUCUAAACAUCGCAGGUAUCAAGCGUUUUUUUCAUUGGAUGAACAGACUCUGGUUAGGUGCUGCCACUGUUACUUAUCCUCCCAAUGGAUCGGCAGAGGUUGGCCUGGAGCUGUGGUGUGGUGCAGGGGCAGUUAUCUGCCGAGGUACUUCUUUGUGUGAAGAAACGUUUUGUAUGAUCCAGUCUCUGUAUUUAAAAACCGAACGGUGCGUUCUUCUUAAGAGCAAACGGGAAGAUGCAGUGCUCAGACUGUGCUCGUCACCUUGAUUACUUUAAUUUCUAAUCCCUCGUGGUAUUUUGUCGCUCCCUGUUUUCAUUUGAACCUCUCUUCUCCCCUCUUCUUGAUCCAGGUCUUCCAUAAUAAAUCGGAAAGUGCUACUGCUGUGUUUUUUUUUAGCACAGAAAUUUACUAAAAGCUAAAUGAUAUUGUGAAUUUAUUGAGAUAUUUAUCGAAACUACACCCAUCCAGGGUGCACUCUUAACACUUUGCAUGUUUAUUGCCAACUUUGAAUGCUGUCGAGACAUAUUUGUACUUUUUUCACAAAGGAACAUUUUCAUAUGUUCGCCGUGUGAGAAUAAUGUUUAUCUGGUUGUUUCCCAGAGUGUCUGCAGGAACUGAAAACAAUUGUCUUUUAAAAUAUUUUUCAUCACUCAAAUCAGUAGUCAUCAAUACAGUAAAAUGUAGCAGUUUGAUUAGUUAGCAGGUUUUGGUGUGUUGUUUUUCUGCCUACAAAACUGCAAAGCAUCCUUUUUUUUCCAACACUGAAAUUCAUCUCAACUGGUUUUCCAUUUUUUUUACUGGCCUUUUAAACCCUAAGACCACUUACCUUUUAACAUGGUACAUUUCCCAGUGUGAUUGCUACUUAAACAUAAUUACUGUAUUUGAUUAUAAAGGAGUGUGUGGCUUAGAAAAUCUAUGUGUCUUUCUGUUUGCAUUUUUCAAGGAUUUUCUUAUCUCAGGUCAAAGGAAAAUGUGACUGGAAACAUUACACUGUUUGAUGCAAUCGAUGCACUGUAAUGCUGCAUGUUGUCUAGUCUUUGCUAUUUCAUGUGCUCAUUCUGCACAGUCCAUACUCUGAAGACAUUCUGUCAUGCACAGCUCUAUACCUGUCAGUUUUCUUUGUCUUUAAGCUAUAAGCCGCACCAAAGCAUAUGGAUAAGUUUAGCAUGUGUUAAAACUGGAAUGCAAUUAGCAGCAUGUGAUACUGGAAAGCUCUCCAGUUUUGGCCUGUGGCAGGACUGCCUCUCUGUCACUGCUUUGUUUCUUCCCUGUCAGCUCAGCCGUAAGUAACGGUUGGAACUUGUCCCCCAAUUAGAAAACCAUGAAGUGUCAUUUAGAGCCUAAUACCCACGUUUGGUGAAGCCAGCCGUUGUCAAACUGUCAACUAAAAUGUGCAUCACCCGUUCUUAACAACUUAGACUGCAGUCACAUGCCUUCAGUGACAAGUGCACCUUUUGGCUUUACUACACUUAACUCCACUGAGUGAUUGAGAGUACAAAAUAAAAAGGGGGGAAGACUCUGUGGGCGAACGGGAACUGAACAAAAGGGUUUUAUUUGCUGUAUUUAUGAUCCCUGUCUUUUUUCCAAAAUUACCUCAUGUAUCAGGAAAAUGUGAUGCAAAAACUUUUGUAACAAGCAAUUCUAAUAUAAUCGUUCUAUUUUCCUCUUUCCUGGGGUGAACAAUGAAGCAAUAUGUUUAUGAAUAGCAAAUAUGCAAUGCUGAACUUACAAAAUAAAAUAUAUUAUGAGUCUG